CCAUUUUGUGUUUUUCUCAUUAAUUUGAGCCAAAGUUUCCACAUUCCCUUAAUGAAAUGCUGUUUAUCUUAUUAUAUGAAACAUUUCACAUCAUGACUAGAGCUAAAACUAUUAAUCAGUUAGUUUACCACGUAUCAGGUACCCUCACCAGGCAGUUUAAUCACCAAUAACACCUUGAGUCAUGAUUUUGAGUUGAGAAAAUAGUCUGAUUUCACUGCAUCGUCUUAAAUGUGAAUAUUUUCUGGUUUCUUUCUGCCUAUGAAGCUAAAAAUUCUGUAUUUUUUACUUUUUGUUUGAACCAUUUGAGCCUUUUCCUGAAUAAUUGAACCAAACUUUCCUCAUCUAACUUUAUAAACUGCUGGAGAGUCUCUAGUUGGGAAUUUACAGCAAUUUGUUGCCGCCACAUCAGAAAAAUAGAUCAGUAUUUCAUUCAUUUAUCUUGUUAUAACAUGAUUGUUUUAUAUAACAAUUAGAGCUGCAACCAUUUAUCAAUUCGUUGCCAUCUGUCAGGUACUUAUGAUGCUGUCCUGACGUCCCUCACCAGGCAGUUUUAUCAUCACUAACACCUUGAGUUGUGAUUUUGGGGUGAGAAAAAAUGUUUAAAUUCUUUGCAUCUUCUUAAAUAUGAAUAUUUUCUGGUUUCUUUCCUCCUCUCACACUAAAUAUUCAGUAUCUUACUUUUUCCUUGAAGUAUUUGUGUUUUUUCUCAUUUAUCAAGCCAAACUAUCUAUAGUUCCUUUCUAAACUGCUGGAGAGUCUCUAGUUGGGAUUUUGCAACAGUUUGUUGAUGCCACAUUAGGAAAAUAGAUCAAUGUUUUGUCCAUUUGUCUUGUUAUAACAUGAUUUUUUUAGAUUACAGUUAGAACCGCAACCAUUAAUUGAUUAGUUGCCACUCAUCAGGUACUUAUAAUGCCUUCCUGAUGUCCCUCAACAGGCAGUUUUAUCAUCACUAACACCUUGAGUCAUAAUUUUGGGGUGAGAAAACAGUCUAAAUUCUCUGAAUAUUCUUAAAUCUGAGCAUCUUUUGCUUUAUUUUUCUUCUUCUGAAGCUAAAUGUUCUGUAUUUUCAGCUUUCCGUUUAUACCUUUUUAAUUGUUUAAAUAUUUUUUUUCUGAUUAAUUCCGCCAAACUCUCCAGAGCUUCCUUUAUAAACUGCUAGAAAGUCUCUAGUUGGGAUUUUGCAGCAGUUUGUUGAUUCCACAUUAGAAAACAGAUCAAUAUGUUUUAAAUUUGUCUUGCUUUAUGUUGCCUUUAGAGCUGCAAUACUUGAUUAGUUGCGACUUAUCAGGUACUUAUAUUGCCAUCCUGACGUCCCUCACCAGGCACUUUUAUCUCCAAUAACACCCUGAGUCAUUAUUUUGGGAUGAGAAAAUAGUCUGACUUUACUGCAUUGUCUUAAAUGUGAAUAUUUCCUGGUGUCUUUCCUUAUCUGAAGCUAAAAUUUCAGUUUUUCUUAGUUUGUGUUUAAACCAUUGGAUUAGUCGAGCCAAACUUUGCACUGCUGGAGAGUCAUUAAUUAGGAUUGUACAUCAGAAAAAAAUCAAUAGUUUGUUCAUUUAUCUUGUUAUAACAUGAAUUGUUUUAUGUUACAGUUAGUGCUGCAACCACUGAUCGAUUAGUUGCCACUUAUCAGGUACUUAUAACGCUGUCCUGACGUCCCUCUCCAGGCAGUUUUAUCUCCAAUAACACCUUAAGUCGAGAGAUUGAACACCUGGGGAAGCCUUAAUUUAGUCAUCAUCUAUUAAAAUAAUCAUCAGCUAUUGUGAUAAUCGACUAAUUGGUUUGAAUAACUAGCAAAAUAGGCAAAAUGUUGAUUGCAUCUUCUUACUUGUGGAUAUUUUCUGGUUUCUUUCCUUCUCUAAAGUCAAAAAUUAAGUAUUUUUUCAGAUUACUGGUUAAACUAUCUAUAAAAACAUGAUGCUGCCACCACUGUGCUUCACAUCAUGCUGCUGCCACACCAGAAAAAAAAUGAUCAGUAUUGUGUUAUAAUGUGAAACUAAAUCGAUCAGUUGCCAUUUAUCAAGUACUUGUAAUGCCUUGUUGACGUCCCUCACCAGGCAGUUUUAUCUCCAAUAACAUCUUGAAUUACAUGAUUUGAAGAUGAUAAAACGGAUCAGUUGUAGCACUAAUGUGCUGUUGUAAUGAAUCACUGGUUUAGUGUGUCUAAAAACAGUGUUCUACAGAUGAGAACAAAGAGGAACUUAAACGCAGAAAAGACACUUAUUAGUCGUACUAAAGAAGAUUAACUUUCUUGUUUUACAGCAGCAGAAGAAUAAAUCUAAUCAUGCUAACAUGAAUGAACAGUUUUAGAGGAAAUAUAGUCGUGUGUGAAACAAAGCGACUUUCCACCAUUAAUGUGAUUAUUACACACACCCUGAGGACAACCGUGCACGUGAGUGUGCAUGUGCCAGUCGAUCACACAGAUCCUCUGAGCUGCUUUGUUUUCAGGGUGUGAGCUGCAGAUUAGCACGUUAGCUAUGCUUGGUAUGCAGCGCUGCACAGGAGGAACUGAGCUUACUAACUGGAGACACUGACCCAUCGGCGCCCCCAACAGGCAGAUUUAGUCACUACAGCAACAACUUUAAACACUGAUGUUAGACAUCAACAAUAGCACGUCUUACCGAAGCAAUGAAAAUCUACAAAUACAUGCUUUGGCUGAAACCUGCAGCAAAAACAUGUCAACUUUUUUAAUCAUUGAGGUUGUUGUUGACUUUUAUUUUCAAGAGGACCAAAAGUAAACAAACACUCCGAUUUAAGCCGCUUCUUCAGAUCUAGUUAACUUGUAGGUGAUUUUUUAUCGGAGUGGUGGUUCUGGUUUUAUCAGAAUCAGAAUCAGAAUCAGAAUCAGAAUCAGAAUGAGUUUUAUUGCCAUUGUUCAUGAGGUUCACAAACGAGGAAUUUGACUCGGUGCAAUGCUGCUACAUUAAACAUUUAACAAAUAGUAGAGAUAAAAAUAAAGAUAAAAAUAAAGAUAAAGAUAAAGUAAAUACUAUAAUAAAAGCUAACAUCUACUAUAAUAAAAACUAACAACUAAGUACACUGUACAACAAAAAAGUGACUAAGUGAAUAAAGUGACCAGUAGCAGCAGGUGGUGGGGGCCACCACGUAGUGCAAAUAUUGUAGUGCAAAAAACAGUGGUAAUUGUUGAUGAGUCGGUGCUGAGCUGCUGAACAUAGGCACGUGUGUGUGACGUAGAGUAAAAGGUGAACCAGAGCGAGGGCUCCAGAUAUUGAAGUAUCAAACUGUUCAUCCUCCCCAAGAAGGUUUCUACCAGGGUUUGGUAAACUUCAGAUUCAUUGAUCAACUCUUCACUCUUGUCGAGUUGUCGACUGGAUCGUGGGAGUUUGUCCUUCCAGUCGACAUGUACGUUGUGGAUUCAAGCCGUCCGGUCCUUGUCCAACCAAAAUGAGAAGCAAGUUUCUGGUGAGUGUUGGACUCCACCACCUUGACAUUUGUCUCCGAUUCUGUUUUUGGGUGAAGAGUUUGCCUUGUUUGGAAACUUCCCAAUCACAUCUUGGCUUUAUGCAGACGACAAGGUUCUGUUGGUGUCAUCUGUUCUACAUUGAACCCAAGUGAGAACUCUGUUUAUAUUCUCACUAAGUCAUAUAUACGUUUUCACCGCAGUUGCCUCUUGGGAACUUUAGGUUCGCAUUUCUACUUUUUGCAGACAACAUGAUUCUGUUGGUAUCAUCUGUCCUUUGUUGAACCAAAGUGAGAACUCUGCAUUUUCCAGACUUAAAUAUGUUUUCACUGGGGUUGCCUCUUGUGUGUGGUUUGGGAACUUUAGGGUCGGAUUUCUACUUUUUGCAGACGAUGAGGCUCUAUUGACUUCUGACUGUGAAAGUCAGAAUGAGAACCAACAUCUCCAAGUCCAAGGACCUGGUUCUGUCAGAAACCAGUAGAUGGUUGAUUCUGUUGAGUUGCUGCCUCAAGCAAAAAAGUUUAAUUAAGUGAAUGGAAAAUGCAACUUUAGACGGACAGAAUGAUGCAGAGGGACGAAGCUCCCAAUAAACCAGCUGAUCUUCGUUCCAACUGUCAGCGAUGGUCAAGACCUCUGGAUAGAUACCAAAAGGUUGAGAUACAAGUAGCUGAAGCUUUUUUUUUAAAGCUAAGAUACCUCCCAAACCAGCUGGUUUAAGGGUUCAAAAAGAUAAACCCAAUAAGUUGGUAUUCUUUAUGUGAUCAUCUGGUUUGAAUCGAAGAAACACACAGGAAGGAACCAAAUAUGAUCUGAAAACAGUUGUUAAUAAAUGCUGACACGUUUACCAGGAGCACAGUUUCAGUUUCAUCAUCAUUUUUUUCUAUUAAAUUAUUUUAUUUACUAGUUCUGUUUGGAGUUUCAGGUUAUUUCAGGUUGGUUUUCAGGCUGGAAACAGCAGCUCAGGUCUGAUUAAUCCAGUUUCUGGUUGGUUGAAGGUGACAUUUUGCUGAUGUGUGUUAAAGAUAGCAAGACUUUAAAACAUGCUGGUAGGUUUUGUGCUUCUUUAUCAGAUUAUUUUAACACAGGAGGAAACCGAAUACAAUCUCAGAACUGUUUUCCGCAACAGAUUAGUUUAUCUACUGUUUCUGUUUGGAGUUGCAGGUUAUUCCAGGUUGGUUUCAGUCCCAGUCUGUGUGGUUUUAAAGUUCGCUGUGCUGAGUUUGAAGGGAGGGUCUGCUUGGACUCGUGCUGCUGCAGGAUUACAGACUUUAAUCUGCUGGACUCAUUCAGCUGCAGGUUUUGGUUUCAGGAUGAGGUUUCUGCUGGUCCUGUUCUUCUGCUCCGUCCAGGUCCAGUCCGAGUCCACCGUCCCCCCGAAGCUACCGGUCCUCUGGGAUGAGCUGAGGGGUCUGAGGGACCUGGUGCUGAGCCUCAGGACCGAGGAGGUUGGCCGGCGUCAGGCCAUGAGGAGCGUAGAGAGCCGGCUGAGGGACGGAGAGCUGGAGGCCGACGAGCAGAGGAGAAACCUGGAGGAGCUGAAGAAGGAGCUGGAGGAGAUGAGGAGGAAGGAGGAGGACCAGAGGAAGAUGGAGGACCAAAGGAGGUCGGAGGAGCUGAGAAGAAGCCUGGAGGAGCUGAGGAGGAAGGCGGAGGAGCAGAGUGGAGCUCGAGCAGCAAAAUCUGAACUGUUGGAGCUUCAUUCUAGACUGAACAGCAGCGAGACAUCGAUGGACGAGCUGAAGAAGAAGAGUUCAGCUCUGGCUGCUGAACUUCCGUUCCUUCAGACCAGACUGAGGGCAACUGAAAGUACAGUGGAGCAGCUGAGGAGGAAGAACUCAGAUCUGGCGGUCCGACUGUGUCACACUGAGACUCUGCUGGAGCAGCUCCGGAGGCAGAUCUCAGAAUUCCCUGUGGCCGACAGCUCACCUGUGAUCUCACCUGAUGUAUCUGAGACUCGACCGAACGUCCGACUGGAGGAGAUGAAGUCAAACACUGAAGCUCUGCAGAGUCGACUGAACUCACUGCAGGAAAAACUGAACUCAGCAGCUGACAGACAACAACUCAGCUCAGUACGAGAUCAGCUGUCUGAGGUCACCACCAGACUGAACUCCAGUCAGCUGCAACUGGAGGAUCUGAGGAGGAACUCUGCAGAUCAAUCAGAUCGACUGGUUUCUGUGGAGAAUCGACUGAAGGAGGCAGAGAGACGACUGGACGAGACGAACACACUGAACACAGUGGAUUCAGUGGAUGUUUCAGCUCUGACUGAAAGACUGAGCGAAGCCGAACGUCGACUGGAUGAACUGCAGGAACAAACAGCCGCUGUCAGCAGCUCGUCGUCUCAGGAUGAACAUCUGUCGGAAAGUCUGAUGCUGCAGCUGGUGACCAACAACUCAGUUCAUAGUGAUUCAGUGAAGCAGCUGCAGGUCAGAUUAAACUCUGCUCAGCAUCAGAUCCAUCAGCUGCAGACUGAAACCACAGACCAAACCUCUAAACUGUUGAACCUCCAGAGAAAACUGAACACGACUGAGAGUCAUCAGGAUGAAGUGAACACAGAUGUGUUGAACAGACUGAAUGUUGGUGAGAAACAGCUGGAAGACCUGAAGAUAGACAACACAGAGGCGUUGAACAGACUGAGAGUUGGGGAGAAACAGCUGGAAGAUCUGAAGACAGGUAACGCAGCUUGGUUUGUUGAACUUUCCUCGAUGGAGUCCAGACUGACAGAUGGACUCAACAACACUGCAGAUUUGGUGAGCCGACUGACAAUCAGUGAGAAAAAGCUGGAAGAGCUGAAGACAGAAAACACAGAGGCGUUGAACAGACUGAGAGUUGGUCAGAAACAGCUGGAAGACCUGAAGACAGAAAACACAGUUCAUAGUAACUUAGUGAAGCAACUGCAGAUCAGAUUAAACUCUGCUGAGCAUCAGAUCCAUCAGCUGCAGACUGAAACCACAGAUCAAACCUCUAAACUGUUGAACCUCCAGAGAAAACUGAACACGACUGAGAGUCAUCAGGAUGAAGUGAAUACAGAGGUGUUGAUCAGACUGACAGUUGGUGAGAAACAGCUGGAAGACCUGAAGACAGAAAACACAGUCCAUGAAGCUGAGGUGAUGGCUGUGAAUCUCAGGCUGAACCUGACUGAGCAGCAGGUAGAUGAACUGAAGAAUCAAAACACAGUUCAAAGUGAUUCAGUGAAGCAGCUGCAGGUCCGAUUAAACUCUGCUGAGCAUGAGAUUCAUCAGCUGCAGACUGAAACCACAGAUCAAACCUCGAAACUGUUGAACCUGCAGAGAAAACUGAACACGACUGAGAGUCAUCAGGAUGAAGUGAACACAGUGGUGUUGAUCAGACUGACAGUUGGUGAGAAACAGCUGGAAGACCUGAAGACAGAAAACACAGUCCAUGAAGCUGAGCUGAUGGCUGUGAAUCUCAGGCUGAACCUGACUGAGCACCAGGUAGAUGAACUGAAGAAUCAAAACACAGUUCAUAGUGAUUCAGUGAAGCAGCUGCAGGUCAGAUUAAACUCUGCUCAGCAUCAGAUCCAUCAGCUGCAGACUGAAACCACAGAUCAAACCUCAAAACUGUUGAACCUCCAGAGAAAACUGAACACGACGGAAAGUCAACAGGAUGAAGUGAACACAGAGGUGUUGAUCAGACUGGGAGUUGGUGAGAAACAGCUGGAAGACUUGAAGACAGAAAACACAGACAUGUUGAUCAGACUGAGAGUUGGAGAGAAACAGCUGGAAGAUCUGAAGACCGAAAACACAGAUCAAACCUCCAAACUGUUGAACCUCCAGAGAAAACUGAACACGACUGAGAGUCAUCAGGAUGAAGUGAACACAGAUGUGUUGAACAGACUGAGAGUUGGUGAGAAACAGCUGGAAGAUCUGAAGACAGAAAACACAGACGUGUUGAUCAGACUGAGAGUUGGAGAGAAACAGCUGGAAGAUCUGAAGACAGAAAACACAGGUCGUGAAGCCGAGCUGACAGCUGUGGUUCUCAGACUGAACGUCACUGAGCAGCAGGUGGACCAACUGAGGACUCAAAACUCAGUUCGAGCUGCUGAGCUGGUUUCUGUUUCUGACCGACUGACGGCAGCUGAGAGAAACACUGAAGAGCUGCAGGUCAGACUGAGAGCCGAUGAGGCUGAAGCCAAUGAAGAUAACCUGAAGGUGGCGUUUUCAGCCGGUCUGACGGAUUCGGGAUCAGUCGGUCCAUUUGAUGAAGAAAGAACUCUGAUCUUCUCCAAAACCAUCACCAACAUCGGCCAGGCCUACAACCAGACAGCAGAUGACAGACUCAGUCCUCCUCAUCUUGAAGGUGUGUUCACGGCUCCGGUCAGAGGAGUUUACUUCUUCAGCUUCACGGCAGCAGAUUACCUGAAAGGCUACAUGGGUCUGUACCUGUAUUGGAACGACCAGCCAAUCAUGUUCAACCUGGAGCUGAACGACCACGGCGGCUACGCCUCCACGUCCAACGCCGUGGCUCUGCAGCUGGAGGAGGGCGACCGGGUCCGCCUCAGUCUGCCGGCCAGCUACCGGCUCUACGACGACAACCGAAACUUCAGCCUGUUCUCCGGCUUCCUGCUGUUCCAGCUGUGACAGAAGAGUUGCAGGAUAAGGGUCCGAGUGAGACGUCAUCUCAGCGAUAAACCACCCUCUCAGACUGAAACAUAAAGACUGGACUUUUGUUUUGGUAGUGUAAGAGACUUCCUGUGGUUCUAGUCAGAACAGACUGAAUACUGAAGACCAUGUUUCAGUACAAUGAUGGUGAAAAUAAUAACUGUCAUGUUUACAUCUGUGAAUAUAAUAAAGAAUACAACCUUC